GUAGAGUAGAGUAAGCUAACGUAGUUGCAGCAUAACAACAAAGUUAGGAGUUAAGGAAGCAGAAAUAAAGAACUCGGUGCAGUGAGAUAUGUGAAAGUGAAUUGUUUCAAAAAUUUAUUUAUAAUAAUAAACUCUAAAAGGCCUAAUUGUUUUUUAUUAAUUAAUAAUUGAAAAUAAAAAUGCACUCAAGUAAUAUAAGAUUGAGUUCAUUGAACUGGAAGUCAGUCAGCCUUGUCAUGAUAACACAUCUGAUUGUUUGGUUCUGUGCAGUUAUUCAAAUGAUUUGUCACAAUGAAAAGGAAUUUUCGCUUCUUUUGGUUUCAUUGGAUGGUUUCAGGUGGGAUUUUCAUUUAAGAACAGAUACUCCCAACUUUCAUAAAAUAAUAAAACAAGGUGUCUAUGCUAAAGAUGGACUAACUAAUGUGUUUGUCACCAACACCUUACCCAACCAUUGGUCUAUGGUCACUGGUUUGUUUGUUGAAAAUCAUGGUGUUAUGGACAAUUUUAUAAAAGAUCCCAACAUAACAACACCAUUCAUUCCUAAAUUUGAAAACCAGCAUCAUGAGAAUGAUCCCAAGUACUAUGACGCUGGUGCUGAACCAAUAUGGGUGGCCAAUCAAUUACAAAAACAAAAUGGCAGAAGUGGGAGUAUUAUGUGGUGGGGUGGUGACAACCCAGUCAAGUGGGUGCGACCAACAUUGCACAUGUCAUACAAUGAGGAGAUACUUUUCCAAUCUAGAGUGGACACAAUGGUUAGCUGGUUUAAAGCUGCACAUCCCAUAAAUUUAGGUCUUUUGUAUUUUCAUGAACCAGACUUGACUGCUCACAAAUUUGGACCCAAUUCAAGUGAGGUGAUUAAUCAGAUCAAAUAUUUAGAUUCUGCAAUUGGUUAUUUGUUAAGCAAAUUUGAAGAAAAUGAUUUGCUCGAUGACGUGAACAUCAUCAUUACUAGCGACCAUGGGUUUACUGAUGUUUCUGCAACAAAAACAAUCAAAUUAAAUGAAAUACUUGAAUCAUCAGAUUACACAAUUUUAAAUUCUGGCACCACAUCUUUGUCAACAACAUCAAUAUUUCCUGCUGAAGGACACCUAGAGGAGAUCUAUAAGAAAUUAAAAGCUGCUUCAGAAAUCCAGAACGUAUUUAAGGUUUAUAAAAGACAUGAGAUUCCAGAAGAGUAUCAUUAUAAAAAUAAUUUGAGAGCACCACCCAUCCUUGUGGUGCCAGAGCUAGGGUAUUCCUUCACAACCAAUGUCAGCAGUUUUCAUCUAGCUGGUAACCAUGGUUACGACAACAAAAAUCAAGAAAUGCACCCAAUUUUUCUGGCAAUGGGUCCAUCAUUUAAGCAAGGAUUUUCUGUGGAGUCAUUUAGUAGUGUUGAUAUCUACCCACUGAUGUGCCAUCUCUUGAAGCUGCAGCCAGCACCCAACAAUGGCAGCAUGAAAAUUGUUGGCCAGCUGUUGAGUGAAGGUCAUGAAACCACCAUGUGGACUUUUGGGACAUAUAUCUUGGUCCUGAUUGUGAUAGCAAGUGUUGGGGGUAUCUUCACUGUGGCCGCCUGCCGCCACCACCGGUAUUUCAAGCGCAGGAUCCUACAGCUGCGAUUAUCUCCUGUCCAAGCUACAAUUAAAUACUCAACACCACCCACUGGAGGCGCUAAAGCUUCUUUACUCUCUGGAGAAGAGGACGAUGAUGAUUUUGAUGAUGCCCAUGACGAUGAUAAAAUGUUAGAAAUAGUCGCUGAGAAAUGGUGAUAAUAGUGGUUGCGGAUUGUCAAUGUUAGUGGUGGUAGGUUGUUGAAAUGUGGUGGUUAAUAGUAGUUGAUAAUUUUUGUAAGGUAGUUUGGCUGUAGAUGAUUGAGUUCAAGGAUUUUUUUUACAUCUUUUCAAUGAUCUUGAGAAAAGCUAGAUUGGGGGGCUUAGAAUACUAAGAUUAUGUUUGAUGUUGAGAAAAGCUAGAUUGGGGGGCUUAGAAUACUAAGAUUAUGUUUGAUGUUGAGAAAAGCUAGAUUGGGGGGCUUAGAAUACUAAGAUUAUGUUUCAUCUCUGAUUCAGAUUGAAAUGGGGAGAAAGAUGUAAAGUUCUCAAAUGUAUUUUUUUUUUUUUUAACUAUUUUGUGUCUGACUGACUUUAAGCUUGAGACCCAUUCUCAUAAGAUGAUGGAAUAUAUGUUUGUAUAGUCAAAGUUUUCAUGCAUGUACACAUUUUUCCAAUAAAAAGAAAAAUAAUUGAUAA